AUGAUAAAUCCUUUCUGUCGUUUAAUUCCGGAACUAAUCGUUGUAAAAUCAGUAAUUCGGCAUCAGAUCGUCUGUUAUUACUACAACUACAACUACAAUAAUUCUGAUGGUACCAAAGAACCACAUGAUAUCAUAUCGAGUGGGUUUCAUUACCAGUUUUACGCAUCACGUGGGCAACGUCUCUAUGACGGUGCACCAAAAGAUAAUUCUGCAAAAAAAAAUAUUUAA